CGAGGUUCCGCGGGCUUUCGGGUUUCCGACUUUUCUCGGGGCCUCGGCGGGCGCGCAGGAUCCAGUCCCAGCGUGGGAACCCAGCCCGCUCACGGCUUGGGCGGCGGACGUGAGUCCUGACCCACUCGCGGCGAGGACCUAGGACCCUAAGGGGCAUUGCCUUUCGUGUCAGAACAAUGGAGGAAAAUAUGAAGUUUGCUACAGUGGAAGACGCUGUGGAGUACCGCCUGUUCCUGAUACCAGAUGAAGCAAGGGAGCCAGAAGAACACAAAGAGAUUCUCCAGAAGUAUGUUGAGAGAAUAAUGACCUGGCUUGCACCUAUGCUGGUCCCCUAUAUCUGGCAGAACCAGCCUUUCAACCUCAAAUAUAAGCCUGGGAAAGGAGGUGUUCCUGCUCAUAUAUAUGGCAUGACAAAGUUUGGGGAUAACAUUGAAGAUGAAUGGUUUAUAGUUUACAUAAUAAAGCAGAUUACAAAGGAGUUUCCAGAGUUAGUAGCAAGGAUCGAAGACAAUGAUGGUGAGUUCUUGUUAAUAGAAGCUGCCGACUUUGUCCCUAAAUGGUUGGAGCCUGAUAACAGUGACAAUAGGGUGUUUUUCCACCGCGGGGAGUUGUGCAUUAUUCCUGUGCCAGGGAAAACGAAAGCUGUGCCCUCGCUUCCUGCCAUGACCCCCACCAUCCCACUGGCCCUAAGCAUCAUCUCUGCACACCCAAAGGAAGUGCUGGCUUCAGAAGCGAUACGUGCUGCCGUGAAUAGGCGUAUCCGAGGGUACCCAGGAAAGAUCCAAGCCUCCCUUCACCGAGCACACUGCUUCCUUCCAGCGGGCAUUGUGGCAGUUCUAAAGCAGCGGCCAAGACUGGUGGCCGCAGCCGUCCAGGCUUUCUAUCUGCGGGACCCCAUUGACCUGCGAGCCUGCCGUGUUUUCAAGACAUUCCUGCCUGAGACCCGAGUCAUGACAUCGGUCACUUUCACCAAAUGUCUAUAUGCACAGCUGGUGCAACAGAGGUUUGUGCCAGACCGGCGCAGUGGAUACAGGCUGCCAUCUCCGUCUCAUCCCCAGUACCGAGCCUAUGAAUUGGGCAUGAAGUUGGCGCAUGGAUUUGAGAUUCUAUGCUCCAGAUGCAGUGCACAUUUUUCUGACUCCAGGAAAUCCCUUGUGACCCCCUCACCACUGUGGGCCAGCUUCCUUGAAAGUCUGAAAAAGAAUGACUACUUUAAGGGACUGAUAGAAGGUUCUGCUCCAUACCAAGAGAGACUAGAAAUGGCAAGGAACUACUUCCAACUUUCAGUAAACAGGCCAGAAAGUUCACUUGCCAUGAGCCCAGGUGAAGAAGUCUUAACUGUAUUGCAGACAGUACCAUUUGAUAUAGAAGAGCUUAAGAAAGAAGAAGCUAUCCUUCCCCCAGAGGAUGAUGACCAGUGGUUAGAUCUCUCACCAGAUCAGCUAGACCAGCUCCUGCAAGAAGCCGCCAGCAAAAAAGAAUUGCAGCCCACUUCCAAGGAGGAAGAGGAGCAGAACUAUGACUUGACGCAGGUCUCCCAGAGCGUGAAAGCCUUCAUCUCCAAAGUCUCAACCCACAAGGGAGCAGAGCUGCCUCGCGACGCAUCUGAGGCUCCCAUCACUUUUGACGCAGAUUCUUUCCUUAAUUAUUUUGAUAAGAUUUUAGGGCCAAAGGCUCCCGAGUCGGACUCGGAUGAUCUGGAUGAGGAAGACUUCGAGAGUUUGGACAGCGAAGAGGACCUUGACCUGGACACACAGGAGCCUGGCUCUCUGAAGGGGACCCUUGACAGCCUCAAGUCUUAUAUGGCCCGGAUGGACCAGGAACUGGCACACACCAGCAUUGGCAAAAGUUUUACCACUCGGAAGCAAAUGAAUAAGGAACAUCCAAGCCAGAGUACAAAUUCAGACGAGGAAGAUUCUGGUGCAGGAGACUGUGGUGUGACACCAGUGGAUGUGGAUCUGAACCUGGUUUCAAAUAUCCUGGAGUCCUACAGCUCCCAAGCGGGACUGGCAGGACCAGCUUCCAACCUUCUCCAGAGCAUGGGAGUGCAGCUGCCUGACAACUCUGACCACAGACACAGUAAGCCAGUGAGAGACUAGCCAGCACUCCCGCUGCCUUUCCUACUGGAAUAAAUGAUGAGUCCAAGUGA